AGAUGAAGAAAUAGGCGGGCGCUCCACUGCUGCCGCUGCGGGAGGGAGGGAGGACAGAUCCAUUCCACCGCGCCGCCUCCUCCUGCUCCUCCGGUGGAGGGCCUGGCCGGAGCCCCCACACCCACCUCCCGGUGCCCCUGCUCCUGCCUUUCCGGUUUCGUGACCCCGACUGCUACAGAGAUCCAGUUGUCAUUGGUAUCCAGGGAGCUGUCCUCUUCCUCCUGCUGUUGCUGAUCUACCACCACAGUUGCUGAUUGUCACUAAGGUUGCCUCCAUGUAACAUGCACAUCCUGUUUACGCCUCCAUCUGGACAAGUCAGCCUAAACUAGGAACCUACCUGUCCUGCACAACCAUUUCCAUUACCACCCAGGGGACACCAAUCAUCGUGACACGAAGUCCGACUUCUACUUGGUUCCCCCAUCUUCUUCCUCUUCUCACUGACAGGCCUUGUUACAGAAGAAAGGCUUGAGGCUGGGGUUGCUACCCUGACAGGAUAUUGUCUCUCUGUUUCCUAACUGGGCCCUCAGAGAAGCAGGAAGCGGGAAAAGGCAGGGACAAGAAGGCAAGGGGCAUUGGUCAGUUGAGUGGGAAACUCCUCAUCUUCUCUGGUUGAGGAGCUGGGACCCGUAGGCAAAAUGACGAACCCAUCCGGACAUGCCUUGCCGGCCAACUCGACGGCUGAGAGCCACGAUGGAGACUUUGGCUUCACGUUAAUGGACUUGAGGAAACUCAUGGAGCUGCGUGCGAGUGAAGGAGUGACCCACAUCAAUGUCCACUGUGGCGGGGUACAGAAUAUCUGCAGUAGACUGAAAACCUCCCCCGUGGAAGGGCUUUCUGGGAACCCUGCUGAUCUGGAGAAACGUAGACUCAAGUUCGGACAGAACCUGAUCCCCCCUAAGAAGCCCAAGACCUUCUUAGAGUUAGUGUGGGAAGCCCUUCAGGAUGUCACGCUCAUCAUCCUGGAGAUCGCAGCCAUCAUCUCCCUGGUCCUGUCCUUCUAUCGCCCCCCCGGUGGAAGCAAUGAACUAUGCGGUCAAGUCGCAAGUUCCCCAGAAGAUGAAAAUGAGGCAGAAGCCGGUUGGAUCGAGGGGGCCGCCAUCCUGUUCUCAGUGAUCAUCGUGGUGUUGGUGACUGCCUUCAAUGACUGGAGCAAAGAGAAGCAGUUCCGGGGCCUGCAGAACCGUAUUGAACAGGAACAGAAGUUCUCCAUCAUCCGGAAUGGCCAGCUCAUCCAGCUCCCUGUGGCUGAGAUCGUAGUGGGGGACAUCGCCCAAAUCAAAUACGGUGACCUGCUGCCUGCAGACGGGAUCCUCAUCCAGGGAAACGAUCUGAAGAUUGACGAGAGCUCUCUGACAGGGGAGUCAGACCAUGUCAAGAAGUCCCUGGAGAGAGACCCCAUGCUGCUCUCAGGGACUCACGUGAUGGAAGGUUCUGGCCGGAUGGUAGUGACUGCCGUGGGGAUCAACUCCCAGACAGGAAUCAUCUUUACCCUCCUGGGGGCCAGCGAGGAUGAUGAGGAAGAGAAGAAGAAGAAAGGUAAAAAACAAGGAGUCCCUGAAAAUCGCAACAAAGCAAAGACCCAGGAUGGAGUGGCCCUGGAAAUCCAGCCCCUCAACAGCCAGGAGGGGAUUGACAAUGAGGAAAAGGAGAAGAAGCUGUCCAAGGUGCCCAGAAAGGAGAAGUCAGUGCUGCAGGGCAAGCUGACGCGCUUGGCUGUUCAGAUUGGAAAAGCCGGUCUGAUCAUGUCCGCCAUCACGGUUGUCAUCCUGAUCCUGUACUUUGUGAUCGACAACUUCGUGAUACAAGGGAGAACGUGGCUACCCGAGUGUACUCCCGUCUACAUCCAGUACUUUGUCAAGUUCUUCAUCAUCGGCGUCACUGUGCUGGUGGUAGCUGUGCCGGAGGGCCUGCCGCUGGCCGUCACCAUCUCACUGGCCUACUCUGUGAAGAAAAUGAUGAAAGACAACAACCUGGUGCGGCACUUGGAUGCUUGUGAGACAAUGGGCAAUGCCACCGCCAUUUGCUCUGAUAAGACAGGCACGUUGACCAUGAACCGCAUGACAGUGGUACAAGCUUACAUUGGGGGCACCCACUACCAUCAGAUCCCAAGCCCUGACGUCUUACCACCCAGGGUCCUGGACCUUAUUGUCAAUGGCAUCUCUAUCAACAGCGCUUAUACCUCAAAGAUACUGCCCCCAGAGAAGGAGGGAGGCCUGCCACGGCAAGUGGGCAACAAGACCGAAUGUGCCCUGCUGGGCUUUGUCACCGACCUGAAGCACGACUACCAGGCUGUGCGCAGUGAGGUGCCCGAGGAGAAGCUCUACAAGGUGUACACCUUCAACUCCGUGCGCAAGUCCAUGAGCACGGUCAUCCGGAAACCCGGGGGAGGCUUCUGCAUGUUCAGCAAGGGCGCUUCAGAGAUCAUCUUGCGCAAGUGUAACCGAAUCCUGGACAGGAAAGGGGAAGCAUUGCCGUUCAAGAAUAAGGACCGAGACGACAUGGUGCGCACUGUCAUCGAGCCCAUGGCCUGUGAGGGGCUCCGGACUAUCUGCAUAGCUUACCGGGAUUUCGAUGACGCAGAGCCCUCUUGGGACAAUGAGAAUGAGAUCCUCACUGAACUGACCUGUAUCGCAGUGGUGGGCAUCGAAGACCCUGUGCGUCCAGAGGUCCCAGAUGCUAUCGCCAAAUGCAAACGAGCUGGCAUCACUGUCAGAAUGGUGACAGGUGACAACAUCAACACAGCCCGGGCCAUCGCCACCAAAUGUGGCAUUCUGACACCUGGAGAUGACUUCUUGUGCUUAGAAGGCAAAGAAUUCAACAGACUCAUCCGCAAUGAGAAGGGCGAGGUAGAGCAAGAAAAGCUGGACAAGAUCUGGCCUAAGCUCCGGGUGCUGGCGCGAUCUUCCCCGACUGACAAGCACACGCUGGUGAAAGGUAUCAUCGACAGCACUGUUGGAGAACAGCGGCAGGUGGUGGCCGUCACCGGAGACGGCACCAACGAUGGGCCUGCCCUGAAGAAAGCAGACGUGGGUUUUGCCAUGGGUAUUGCAGGCACCGACGUAGCAAAGGAGGCCUCCGACAUCAUCCUCACAGACGACAACUUCACCAGCAUCGUGAAGGCCGUGAUGUGGGGACGGAACGUCUAUGACAGCAUCUCAAAGUUCCUGCAGUUCCAGCUGACGGUCAACGUGGUGGCUGUGAUCGUGGCCUUCACUGGAGCCUGCAUCACUCAGGAUUCCCCACUGAAAGCCGUGCAGAUGUUGUGGGUUAAUCUAAUCAUGGACACUUUUGCUUCGCUGGCCCUGGCCACAGAGCCCCCUACAGAGUCUCUGUUAAAGCGUCGCCCCUACGGCCGAAAUAAGCCUCUGAUCUCACGUACUAUGAUGAAGAACAUCCUGGGCCAUGCGGUCUAUCAGCUCGCUGUCAUCUUUUUCCUUGUUUUUGCUGGUGAGAGGUUCUUUGAUAUUGACAGUGGGAGGAAGGCACCUCUGCACUCACCGCCCAGCCAGCACUAUACCAUUGUUUUCAACACCUUCGUGCUGAUGCAGCUCUUCAAUGAAAUCAACUCCCGGAAGAUCCACGGAGAGAAGAAUGUCUUUUCAGGCAUCUACCGCAACCUCAUCUUCUGCUCUGUAGUCUUGGGCACAUUCAUCUGCCAGGUUCUCAUUGUGGAGUUUGGGGGGAAACCCUUCAGUUGCGCCAAGCUCACCCUGUCCCAGUGGCUGUGGUGUCUCUUCAUUGGGAUUGGAGAACUCCUGUGGGGCCAGGUCAUCUCGGCCAUACCCACUCAGUCUCUGAAGUUCCUGAAGGAGGCUGGGCAUGGCACUGCCAAGGAGGAAAUCACCAAGGAUGCGGAGGGGCUGGAUGAGAUCGACCACGCUGAAAUGGAGCUGCGCCGAGGCCAGAUCCUCUGGUUCCGGGGCCUGAACCGUAUCCAGACUCAGAUCAAAGUGGUCAAAGCGUUCCAUAGUUCCCUCCAUGAAAGCAUUCAGAAACCCAAGAACCAAAACUCCAUCCAUAACUUCAUGACCCACCCUGAAUUCGCCAUAGAUGAGGAGUCACCACGAACACCACUGUUGGAAGAGCAAGAGGAUGAAGAUCUUGAGGUUUCUAAGACCGGGACUAGGGGGCUCCCACUGGAUGAUGAGAUCACGCCACGUGCUAACCAAAACACCAACGUGGUGGAUUGCAACCAAGUGCAAAUUGUUACCUCCCACUCGGACAGCCCUCUACAGAACCUGGAGACGUCGGUUUGAACUUUCAUUCUCUUGACUCCCACCCCUGUUGUCCCUAUUUCCCUUUUCACCUGUCCCAUCUCUGAGGUGAGGAUGGGACUUUCGCUGUCAUGACAACUGCUCCCAAGUGUGUGAGAACCCCCCACCUGACCACGAAGAGGCAAGAGCACAGACCUACAAGGAUUUCAACUUAAACUUGAGUUUGUAGCAGGACCCAGUCAAACCCCAGGCAGGUAACUGUAGACUCAAUGCCUGGGGGGCAUCCAAUGUCACCAGUAAAGGAAUGCCGCCUCCCCUUCUGGCAUCACCCAACCCAGAUCCUCCCCAGCGUUCGUAUGUGUCCCAGCUUCUGGAUCUUGUCCUCUUGAGUCCUGCCAUUUGUAAACUGGGGCUUUAGAGACAAACUUCUGCAAAUGAAAUUUGUUGAUUUAAGGAUAGAAUGUAUAAAUAAAUCAGCCAGUAGAGUGUUUUGAAAACCAUUUUGAAACCUUACAACUAAAGGCUUCUAGCUUUUUCUGCCCCUAAUGUUCUUUUGGUCUUUUGGGAUCUUCUCUUCCAUUCCUUCACCUUUUAAAAAAUUAUAAAUUUAAGAGAAUGGCAAGGACAUAAAUUGAUUCAAUUUUGACCAUUCUCCUUUAGGGCCCCCGGAGAACCCUUGGCUUGGUUCUAGAGGCGGACGGGUUUCUUUGCUAAAAGAGUCCUUUUGAAGCCCUUAAUACCUGAUAAGAUUGCUUCCCUGUUGUCGCCAAGUUAGUGUCUCCCUCCAAACUGCCAUCUCGUCAGGGGUGUGCGGUCCUUACGUGCCAGGGAGAGCAGCCUUGCCCAUGGAACAUGCAGCUGUAAUACAGGUAUAUGCAGGUUUUGCUAUGGGCCUGGGCAUCUUUCUGUUACGAAAGCGGUGGCAAAAGAAUGCAUUUAGUAUGGCGCUGCUUGCUAGUUGAUCCUGGAGUUUGCGGACCAGUAGCUUGCAGGCCCAGGGCCAGAGAGACCAUCAAAUACGACUUGUGGGGUCCUCCUUGGGGUGACUGCUGCUUUCAAAGGCUUCUCUAGGGCUCCUCCUGGGCAAGACUUGAUAGUGGAGGGAGUGUUGAGAAGCCAAAGAGCCCCUCGGGCAGGGUGUGAGGAGACCUCCCUGCAGGCAGCAGACACCUUGAGCUGGGGGCCUGUGUACCAGCUUUGACAUUCUCUUCAGUUUCUUAAUUCUACUCUUUUCAAGAUCCAUAGUUUGUUCAGACUCAGAACAUUCCAGCCUUUUACACACAUUCUGAUUUUGUAAAUAGACAUCCAAAGGGAGAGAGAGGCUCCCAUAGCAUUGUGCUGACUUAAGGGGCAAAACACCCAUCCUGGAGAGCUCGCCUCCUCCUCCUCCUCCUCUCUCCUCCCCUCACACAUCCCCCUUGAGCGCUGUCUUUGCAGUGUGCUCCAGGAAAGCCCUGUGCCGUCCUGCCCUUCUGGCCCCAUGUGCACCUGCCACUCGGGAGUUGCGGGCUCAUCUGAGACUUUUACUGGGACGGGGAGGAGCCACAUUCACGGGAGCUCCAUUUUAUCCCUGCUGAUACUGACAGAAGCUGUCAUGUGGAAUGGAGCUGACUGACACCCCGAUUCCGACCUCCCAGUAGAUCAGGGUCGCCCACCCCUGCCUUUCCAGAGUGUUGGGAGGAAGGAGAAGGCACUAAGGCUCUUAGGAAUCGCCACAUCUGUCAUAGGAAAACAACUCUGAUUUGGGUUUUGUGAGGGUUACAUGUUUCAGCAGUCUUUUCUCUGUCUUAAAUACCCAUGGGGAAAAAACCAGCUCACCCAAGGUGUUAAGUGUUCACACAUAUUUACUAAGUACAUUGGAAGAUUUAAUUUUGUCAAGUCUUUUAUUACCUCAGAUCAUAUAUAAGAAGCAAGCCAAUACCAAGCUUUGGAGGCCAUUUUACCAUUCCUGCCCCCAAAAGACUCUCAUGGUGCCUGACAGGUUACUCCUGAGGUCUUGUGUCUACUUUUUUAAAGUCAACGGGUGUGUGUGUGUGUGUGUGUGUGUGUGUCUGUCUGUCUGUCUGUCUGUCUGUCUGUCUGUCGUGUGUGCUAGUUUCCAUAGUAAGAGAAAAUAUAGAAAUAUUAUGCAAAAAAUAUAGUUUUCUUUAGAUCAGAAACUGAUAUUUUUGAGUCAGCCAUAUGUAUUUUGUUUAAAGGAUUUAAAAUAAAGUAAGUGCCGUCAUGUAACCCUGUGGAAGGGAGCACAUAACCAGCUGACUGACAUGACAGGUGAAUUAGUAUAUUUGUAAUUGGUUUAAAAACCAAUAUAUUGUACUUCCUUCCUCCAAACAGCCAUCUUUAUACUUAGGGGAAAAAUUUGUUGGUUUCUAGACUUUUUUAAUAUAAAUUGUGUUGAUACGGAAUUAAGUUCAAGUGUUUAUGUGCAUAUGUUUUUAUAUAUAAGUUUUUUCUGUUCAGUUUCAGCGAUCCGACUGGCAGUGAGUAAAUACGGAGUAAGUUAAAAAUGUUUUUCCCCAACAUGGUGCUUUGGCUUUGAAAAGGGUCUGACGGGGAGAAGGAGAGAACAUCCACCUAGUUUCCUGUCUUGAUAACUAGGAAAGUGAAUAGUAAACCGCGGACAGGGAGGAGAACAUCCAGCAAAAAGAAACACAGCUGCCAGUAAGUGAACGUGCGGUGCGCCCCGCGCUGUGAGGACGGACGCCAGCCCGUUUUGUAGCUCGUGGUCAGGGUCCGGGGCCUUCUGUUGGAUUUGUGUCUCUUGAGAAAUGAGCUCGCAGAGUGGUACCAAAGAAUCUUUCCUGGUCUGCAAGGAUGCUCUCAUUUGUAGUUUGCUUUUUUUUUUUUUUUUUGGUACCGGGGAUCGAACUCGGGACCUUGUGCUUGCA